UGACGCAGAGCGCAACGCUUCUCAACCCAGACCAAAGGUCUCCAGCUCCACCGUGUUGCUUCUCUGCUAGGCCAGAUCGACUGAAUUAGAUUAUCGAUUACAUAAUUUUCUUUUUUAAAAUAAAAAUAAUAAACAAAACUAGUUUGGAUUUUUUUUAUUAAUUUUAAAUUAUUAUUUUGGUCGGCGAGGACUGUAACAUGCAGUUCAAAUCUUGGGGCGUUUGAUAUUCUGGUGGUUUUGUCAGAAGAAAAUUAAUACGUAGAAGAAGAAGAAGAAGAAGAGGAAGAGACCAACCGUUUUGGGAUCAGAAUUAGGGUUUGUUAUUUCUUACUUUUUGAUCGUUUCUAAUGUUAUUUUCUGGGAGUUACUUUUCACAAUGCCUAAAGCUUCUUCAACGCCUCGAAGCUCUGCUUAUCUUAGUGCUCUCACCCAGGAAAUCCAUAAGAAGCUUCAGAGGGCACUAGCUUCUCCUUCUCAAAGGCCCAACUUGUUGCAAGAGUUGUUUGCCGACAUAGCUCUGGAAGUUGAUGACCGAGCCAGAGAUAUAAUUCUCAGCAAGGAUGAAGAUCUUAUUUCUCCUGCUGAUGAUUGUGUUGAUGGUCCGUUGUGCUUUUAUGAUGUGCUUGCUGAUUAUUAUAUUCGGGUUCCUGAGAGUGGAAAAUCCAUCCUGGAAUUGAUUGUACAACUAUGGAGCCAGUCCUUUGCUUCUCACAUCUUUGCCCUCCUGUUCCACAAAUGGUUGUUUGAAGUGGAACUUGCCAGCUCUGAAGUCCUCCUUCGUUACUCAUCUGCACUUGUUCAAGGUGCUACAAAUUUAUUCUGGAUUGACAUCCAAACAAAUUCAAGACGUUUUCAAUCUUUGUUUCGUUAUCUUCUUGAGGAAGUGGUGUUGGAGCCGGCACGGUUAAAUAAGAUUCCUGUACAGGCACAGCGAGAUCUCUAUCUUUUACUUUCAAGGUUUAUAUUAUUUUAUAACUCGGUUGACGAGCUCGAAAGCUUCUUAAAGCAUAUUCCUGUGUUCCCAAAUGCUUUCCUAGUAGGUGGUCCAGCAGAUUUUUUUGUCAUUGAACUUGCAGACCAGCUUCAAAAGCUAAAGGUGGAACCAGUUCUACUACAUUACUUCUCACAAAUGAAAUUUCUUCAAGGCAUGGAACUAAGAAUGAGUACGAGCACAAGAUUGAAAAGUUGUUUGUAUAGCUUCACUUCACCUGGAGGUCCUAUGUAUCCCACUAGGGCUGUUCGUCAUGCUGCCUGGGAUGUGUUGGAUUUUCUUUUCCCGAUCGGCCGUUAUCCUCGUCAUCUCAUUAGCUUGUUUUUCAGACUGCUUUAUCCAUGGUAUUGGCCUUCCUCUUGUUGGAACUUUGUAAUGUCUUGCAUCAAGGCAAUAUUGUAUUCUGUGUUCGGCUUGAUCAUUUGCAGUUGGGAGAAGCUGAUAAAUUCUAAAAGGUCCUAGGGUGCUUCAAAUUUUCAAUUACAUCGUUCUGUAAAGGAUAAAACACGUGCCACUCUACGUAUCACUUUUGAUGUGUUUCAAUUUCAGCUUCAAAAGAUGUCUUCCAACAUUUAUACAUUA